AAUGGAAAGGAAUAUCAUUAUGAAAACAUUUAGAUGUAUUUAACGCUUUCCUCAUCAACAGGUUCUGUAGGAGAGUUAAGAAAAGGAAUUGACAAAAUGAAUCACCACAGCUGUAGCACUUCCAGGAGUGAUAGCCCACUGGAGUCUUCAGAGCGAAAAAAGAAGCAUAAGAAAAAAGACAAGGAAAAAAAGGAAAAGGAUGAUGAGAAAUCAGGGAAAAAGCACAAGAAGAAGAGUAAAGAUAAAACCAAAGAUGUGGAAAAAGAUGGAGAAAAGAAGAAGAAAAAGAAGAAGAGGGAUAAAGAAAAGGAUGAAUUAGAGGAGUUCUUUGGAGGCUCACCUGAGAAGGAAUUUGAUGAAGCUUAUGAAGCCAUCUAA